AUGCAGCUCCUCCGGGUGCUGCUGCCUCUCACCGCCGCGGGGCUCUGCUGGUUCCUCCUGUGCGCGCUCCACAGCCGAGGUGGCGUGCGGACGGGCAGCUGCGUGAUCGUGACGUCGGAGCGCGACGGCAGCCAACCCGCACGACGCGUCGCCCGGCAGACGGCUCGCUGCGCCUGCGCGCCGGGACGAGCGGCCGGCACCAGCGGAGGCCGCCCCGCCUGCGUGCGCGCUGACAUCGUGCUGAGUCGUCAGUGGUGCGAGAUGAGUCCGUGUUUGGACGACGAGGGCUGCGACCUGCUCGUCAAUCAGUCGGGAUGGACCUGCACGCAACCGGGGGGACGGGUCAAGACCACCACGGUCUCCUGACAGCGGUGAUGGGACGGAAAACUCCCAUCAUGCAUCUCUAGAGCUCAGCCAAAACAUCAGACACUGCUAGAAAACGA